UGACUUUGAACCUCUUUGGGACUUUUUGUUUUUAUUUUUAAUGCAUUUUUCCUGGCUGGUAUUCCUGAGACUGUGUUGGCUUUAGUGGCGUACAUUUUGUGUUGGCAGAUUGAGCUGCGCAGAAACUAGUUUUAAGUAGCUUCCGCAAGAAUAUUUUUGCUUUUGUUUUUCGAAUGAGACAUUUCAAAACCUCAUUUUUUUUUCAGGGCUGCUCUGUUACCUCGUUGUUUAUUUGGUUGUGGUCGUAUUUUCGAAGGAAAGAAAGAUGGAAGAUUGUACCAGUCUUUUCUGGACGGUGUUCAAAACGGGUCAACCCUUUUCCUGGAAAUAUGUUUUUAAAAGGUUUUUUAAGUCUCGUCCGGUGUUUUGCCUUCACCUGUAACUCGAGUCGCAGUCGUUGACAAAGAAGUGUUUUUGCCUGUUUUCUUUGUGAUUUUGGCAGUGCUGAGACAGUAUAUUUUCUGCAGCAGAUCUUUCAGGAGUGAUGUAAUUUUUCAGGCGAGAUGUUUUUUCCUCAGUGACAAACUGGGGCGGCUUUUUUAAGGAACAUGAACACAUGGGAUUGCUGUGUCAUUGGUGUGAAAGAAUGUGUGCCUUCGUUUUUGAAGCCACUUUUUUGAACAGCUGCAAAUCUUUGCAUGCCAUUGAUGGAGUCAAAUCUGGUCUAUUGCCCACACAGACAAAAGACACCUGUUCUUGAUAAUAACAAUGAUGUCAACAUUGUCACCCCCAAUAAGUCAGACAGGCAGGCAGACCUCCACCAACCCGAGCACAGACACAGACAUGGACCCCAUGGCCAGCAACGUGACCAACAAGACGGACCCCCGCUCCCUCAACUCCCGCGUCUUCAUCGGCAACCUCAACACCCUGCUGGUCACCAAGGCCGAUGUGGAGGCCAUCUUUUCCAAGUACGGCAAAGUCUUGGGCUGCUCCAUCCACAAGGGCUACGCCUUUGUCCAGUACGCCAAUGAGAGGAACGCCCGGGCCGCCGUGGUCAGUGAGGACGGCCGCAUGAUCGUGGGACAGGUGCUAGACAUCAACCUGGCAGGCGAGCCGAAACCUCACAGAUCGAAGACAGGGAAGCGUUCCGCAGGAGACAUGUACAGUUCCUCUGUUGAUUUGGACUAUGACUUUCAAAGAGAUUACUAUGAUAGGAUGUACUCCUACCAGCCCCGGGUGCCUCCUCCCCCUCCACCUCUGUCCCGUGCUGUCAUUCCCACAAAGCGUCCCAGGGUCAGUCUGAGCGGAGGAGGGAGCCGACGAACCAAAACCAGCUUCUCUUCCUCCAAGACCAGCCAGAGGACCUCCCGAGCGAUGAAGGUAGAUGAUCUGCAGUCCAUCAAGAGAGAGCUCACACAGAUCAAACACAAGGUGGACUACCUGCUCGAGAGCCUAGAGUGCAUGGAAAAGGACCACAGCAAGAAGUCAGAAAUGAAGAGCUGCCAACCAGAACCAGGUGAGGUGUCCCCCCUCAACUCCUCCACCUCCAGCAAGAAAGAUGAGAGCAUGAAGCGGGGCCUGAACGACUCUGAGGAGGAGGGAGAUCUGCUGGAUGACGACGACGAGAUGAAAUGCAGACAGAGAGAGGAGGAGGAAGGCGAGCAGGAGGAAGGAGAGGACGACGGAGAUAGCACCAACGGAGACGAGUCCUAAACAUUACACAGGCACACAAACGCAUACAUACAUAACACAGAUUGUGUUUGAGUGUAUCUCCACACCAGACUUGUACACAAUGGUCAUGUCAUAGCUGCUGAAUUGACUGGACAUUUAUAUAACAUAUAUAUAUAACAGUGUAUUGUAGCUAUUGCUUUCUCACACAUACACACAUUCAUAAAUGUGUCAAGUACUUGUUUCUGGAUUUUCCAAUUUUCCUCUGAAGUUGGUAAUUUGAUUUUUCCUACUUUUUCUUUCUUUUAUUCAACUUUUUUAUGGAUAUUUUCUGACUUUGGAUUAAUGAAAACUCAGAUGUGUUACGUUUAGAGAAAAUGCUUAUUGUUUAGUUAAGGAUAAAUGCAACAUCGUAUUGCAUUGUACGUUUUAAUUCAGGGCUGUAAGCCACUCCAUUGUGACAUUGACGAAGAAAUUGUUUUUUUUAGAUGGCCGUUUAGUUGAUGUAAAAAAAGAAAAGAAUAAUUGAACAAAUUACCACCUGUUAGCAGCUGACAUGACAAGAUUUUCUCAAGUGCAACGGUUUGAAUUUAAGUCAGGCUUGAGACAAAAUACAUAACAUGGUACUAAAGUCUAGGUUUGAAAAUGUGUAAGAUUUAUUCCUGAUGUACAGCUGCCUCCUAACCAGCAGGUGGCAGUGUAUCACAAUAACCACCCAGAGGACUUAUUUCUGUUACCCUUCUGCAUGUCAGAUAACAAGAGCAUGUACAAAACGUCACAUCAGACUGCGCUAAUGCUCAGACAAAAUCCCCAUUGCUCUGAAAAAUAGUUUUGUUUGUCACUGAGGUGUUGCAACCUUGACUGAUCUUGACUAUGUAAUGCAGUGCUGUCCAUGUUUGUCGGUUUCUGUUGAUGUUUUGUUUGUCAUUCGACUGCACUAGUCAAAGUGAAUAAACAUGUUUUCCAAGUUG